AUGUCGUCUCACUCAUUGGAAAAAUAUAAAAAAUUACUUGCAAAGGAGCCACAAGUUAAUGAUAAAUAUGUAAUUAUUGAUGUUAAAUGGUUGGAACAUUGGAAACGCUAUGUUGGUAUCGAAAAAUCAGAUGAAGAAAAAGUCACUGAACCAGGUCCAAUAGAGUUUUCAAAAUUAGUCGAUCCAGCAACAGCCAAGAAUUCAAAUGAAAUACAACUUCGUUCAGAUGCUGUCGAAGGAAAUGAUUAUACUUUUAUUCCAUAUGAACUCUAUAAAGACUUAGUACAGACAUAUGAACAAAAUGGUCCCGAAAUAAUUCGUAAAGCAAUUCCACAAGGUGAAUAUUCAGCUGUAAUUGAAACAUUUCUUGUACCAUUACGACUUCGUGAAUCAAGAUCUUCCGAUGCUAAAGUAAAACAAAUCUAUCGUAGUCGUCGAACUAAAAUAGAAGAAUUAAAAAAGGAUAUUUGCAAUGAAUUUCAUAUUACAGGAAAUUCAAACUAUAGUUUAUAUGCAUCAACGGAUGAAAAAGGCUUAAAUUGGAAACUUAUUGAUGAACGAUCAGAUUUAACUAUUGAUGAUAUUAUUUUAACAAGAAAUGCAUUUAUUACAUAUGAAUCCCGAGUAGUAUCAGCACAUAAUGCUUCUUCAUCUUCUUCACCAAGAAUAAAUUAUACCCUUGGAUCUUCAUCAAGAACACAUUUCACUCCUGGACUAUGUGGUUUAUCAAAUUUGGGUAACACCUGUUUCAUGAAUUCAGCUUUACAAUGUUUAUCAAAUGUUCCAGCAUUAACAGAAUAUUUUCUUUCUGAUAAAUAUAAAGAACAUAUAAAUCGUGAUAAUCCAUUAGGAAUGAAAGGUGAUGUUGCUCUAGCAUAUGGUGAAUUAAUACAUGAAAUAUGGUCAGGUAAAACAAAUUAUUGUGCACCAGCAUCUUUGAAGAAAAAUGUUGCACGUUAUGCACCACAAUUUAGUGGUUAUGCACAACAAGAUUCACAAGAAUUUAUGUCAUUUUUACUUGAUGGUUUACAUGAAGAUUUAAAUCAUGUUAAACAAAAACCAUAUGUAGAAAAAAAAGAUGAUGAUGGAAAAGCUGAUGAUUUAACAUUAGCUGAUGAACAAUGGGAUUAUUAUCGAAAACGAAAUCAAUCGAAAAUUCAUGAUAUAUUUCAUGGGCAAAUAAAAUCUAUUGUACACUGUCUAACGUGUGGUACAGCAGCACGUACAUUUGAUCCAAUCUGUUUUCUAAGUUUACCAUUACCAGGCAAAGGAAAAAUACGAACAUUUAAAAUCGAAUUUGUUCGUUUAAAUGGACAAAUUAAAACUUAUGAGAUUAAAUGUGAUGAACAUGGUCGUGUACGUAAUUUAGUUCAAGAAUUUUGUGAUCGUUUUCAACAGAAAAAGAAAAAAAUUAGUGAAACUGUACCUAUGGAGACAGAUAAUAUAUCAAAAUCCGAUGAAAUUAAUCAAGAUGAAGAAGAGGAAGAUGAAGAAGAAGAUUUUACAAAAGCAUCAGAUUAUGAUGGACAUCAACCUAAACCAGAAUAUAUUUUAGCUGCUGAAAUUUACAAUCAUCGAAUUCAUUUACAAUAUCCAGAUAAUAAUUUGUUAACAAGUAUACUUGACCGUGAUCAAGUUGUUUUUUAUGAAGUACCUGAUUCAUUAAAAAUAGCAGAUAGCGAGAAGAUUUUAAUGCCAUGUACUUUUCGAGAUGAAUAUUAUCAUAACAAUUUUGGUUUACCUAUUUAUCUCAGUGUACCAAGACAUAACUGUAAAGGAAGAGAUAUUCAAGAAGCAUUGCAAAAAAGAAUUGGUGAUUUUCUUCCAUUACCUUCAACGGAAUCAUCAGAUAAACCAUUUUAUAAUGCUGUAUUGAUAACUAGUCAAGGUUAUGGCCAAUCAAAUAAAUUAUUAAAAGCAUGUCUUGAUGAUCAUAUCGAUUUUUCUCGUAAAAGUACAUCACUUGUUGUUGAUGUUACAUCAUCAAUUGUUGAAAAAUAUAAAAAACAAGAAGAUGAAAAACGUUCCGAAAAAGAUCAUACUUCAUCAAUUACUUCUGGUAUUCAAACACGUAGUCAACAAAAACGAUCAACAACAUUACUAGAUUGUUUUAAAUAUUUUACAAAAAAAGAAGUAUUAUCCGAUGAUGAUCUAUGGAAAUGUCCAAAAUGUAAUACAUUAAAAAAAGCUACAAAAAAAAUUGAUUUAUGGCUUUUACCAAAAGUUUUAAUUGUACAAUUAAAACGUUUUAAUUAUACUCGUUAUUUUCGUGAUAAAAUUGAUUUAUUAAUUGAAUGUCCACUACAAAAUUUAGAUUUAUCACAAUUUGUUAUAAAUCCAAAUGAAAAAGCGAAAGCAAAAUAUAAUUUAAUUGCUGUUAGUAAUCAUAUGGGUGGUUUAGGUGGUGGACAUUAUACAGCACAUGCGAAAAAUUCUAAUGAUAACAAAUGGCAUACAUUUGAUGAUUCAUAUGUAUCAGAUGUUAAUGACGAUAAUGUUAUUGGUAAAGCAGCUUAUGUUCUUAUUUAUCAACAACAAGAACAACAAUCAUAA